AUGUAUGCAUUUCAUCAAUGUACUCUUGUUGGUGGUAAUGUUCAAAUUGAUAGAAUUGACGAUGAUGAACUAUCUUCAAGGUCCUUUGGUAACUUGACGAUUAGUCAUAAUGCUAAUAUACAAAUAUUUAUAAAAAUGCUCUGUGGUAAGAGCAUCACAAUUGAAUGCCAAUACAAUGAUACUAUUGAUACCGUGAAACAAAAAAUUCAGGAUAAAGAAGGCAUCCCAUCUAACCAACAGCGACUUGUUUUUGGUGGUCAACAAUUAGAAGGAGAGAGAACUCUUAUUUCUUACGAUAUUACUAGAAGAUGCACGUUACAUUUAGUUUUGAAUCUUAUUGGUGGCGGAAAUGUUGUAAGUUAUUUGAGUACGGAUUUUUUAGCUCCGAACUUCGAUUUUGAUUUUACAAUUAUUGAUGACAAAAACUCGACAUUUACUCGUGGAAAUGUUUUAUAUCGAAGACCGUGCGGAUGGAGACGUUUUGCCUUAAAGGUUUCUGGAAAUUAUGAUAAUAGUAAUGAUGGAUGGCUUGGUACUGAUACAAACGCCUGGCCUGUAUCUUACCAUGGUACUAGUAAAAAUAAUUCAAAAUCGAUUUCAGAAGAAGGGUAUUUAUUAAGUAAAGGAAAGCGUUUUGCAUAUGGACAUGGCAUUUAUUCAUCACCUGAAGUGGGUGUUGCUCGACUAUAUGCUAAAGAGUUUGAUUACAAUGGAGAUAAAUAUUUGGUAGUUAUCCAAAAUCGGGUGAAUCCCGUUGAUUUGCAGAAAAUUCCGAAGGAUAUAACAAGAGUCGGUGAAUAUUGGAUCACAAAGAAAGAUGAAGAUAUUAGACCAUAUGGAAUUUGCUUCGUCUUGCAUCUUUAUUCAUUAUGUAAAAAUAGUUUCACUGAAACACUCGCAGUCUGUCAUAAAAACCGACAGCAAAGAACAUUUACACCAAGAAAACUUUCAAAGUUUCUUAAAAUUACAAGUGUUUUAGAACAAGAAUACUUGAAACCAAAG